GGACAAACCGGACAGGAGUCGGGACAACUGCUCCUAAUUCGGGACUGUCCCGAAUUUUUCGGGAGGUCUGGUCACCAUAGCUACAUGCUAGCACAUCAAAGCUUCACUGACAAAGUACUCCCGCCAAAAUGGAGUCACGGGAGGCCCAGAUCUUAACAGCAGACUCCACCCACACCGGCUGCACAUCUUCGUUCUCCUGCUUCUCCAGUCUUCCUCUUUCCCUGUCAGUGCCGUCGUUAUUGCUUAACUCUGUCUAAUGUGGCUUGUGUCGCUAAAAUAAUGACUAACACUGGAGAGGGCGACGAUGAAUUUCAGUUUCUACGAACGGGAGACGAGGUGGUUUUGCAGAGUACCUUCACCUCCCAGGAGGAACAAGUAAAGCUCUGUCUUGCUGCUGAGGGAUUUGGCAGCAGACUUUGCAGGCUCGAGUCACUUCUAACUGCAAGGUAAAGAAAUGUUCCACCAGACCUGUCUGUAUGUGGUUUUGUCUUGGCCCAGUGUCUCUCUGUUAGAGCCCUGCAGGAGAUGUUGGCCCACAGUAAGCACCUGGCUGCAGAGGUGGGAGCUGGAGGAAGCCAUCGCACCCUUCUUUAUGGCCAGGCAGUCUUGUUCCUACACUCAUACAGUGGCAUGUAUCUCAGCUGCUUGUCUUCAUCACAGUCUUCGACUGACAAGCUGACUUUUGAUGUUGGUCUCCAAGAGGAUAAAGCAGGUGAGGCAUGUUGGUGGACUGUUCACCCAGCAUCCAGACAGAGGUCAGAAGGUGAGAAAGUGCGUGUUGGAGAUGACCUCAUACUGGUCAGUGUUUCCUCAGAGAGAUAUCUGCACCUGUCCUUUGGCAGUGUAUUUGACAACAGAAACUUGAGUGACAGCCUGAUUGUUAACGCAGCCUUCCAGCACACUCUGUGGAGUGUUGCUCCCAUCUGCUCUGGAGGUGGAGUUGCUCAAGGAUACCUGAAGGGGGGCGACACGUUGCGACUGCUCCACAGCCAUAGUGACGCGUGUCUGACUAUUCCAUCCGCAGAGCAGGGAGAAGAGCUGCAAAGGAUAAUGCACUAUGAGAUUGGAUCAGUCUCCAGCCAUGCCCGCUCUCUCUGGAGGCUGGAGAUCCUGCGUGUUGUUUGGAGUGGUAGACACACAUGUUGGGGGCAGCCUUUCCGACUCUGCCAUAUGACCUCUGGGAGAUACCUGGGUCUUACAGAGGAGAAGGGCCUGUAUCUGGUUGAUCGGGACAAGGCUGACAUCAACACAACCUCCUUCUGUUUUCGAUCAUCAAAGGUGAAAGCUGACACUGGCACAAAGACUGAUGUUGAUGGCAUGGGGAUCCCAGAGAUCAAGUAUGGAGACUCCAUUUGUUAUGUUCAGCAUGUAAACUCUGGGCUCUGGCUCACCUACCAAGCUGUUGAUGCCAAAUCUACACGUAUGGGAGUGGCUCAGCGAAAGGCUAUUUUACACAGCGAGGGUCAUAUGGAUGAUGGGUUGACGCUGUCUCGUUCUCAGAGCGAAGAAUCUCACACUGCCAGACUCAUCCGGAGUGCUAUUCUCCUCUUCACUCGCUUUAUCAGGAAACUGGAUAGUUUUAGUGAACAAGGAAACGUCACGUCUGUCAGCCUGCCAGUGGAGAUGGUAACACGUAGUCUGCAGGAUCUUAUAAACUAUUUCCAGCCUCCACCAGAGGGGCUACACCAUGAAGAUAAACAGAAGAACAUGAUGGCUCUAAAUAAUCGGCAGAACAUGUUUCAAGAAGAGGGUGUGAUAGAUUUGGUUCUAGAUUGUAUUGACCAUCUACACCAAUGUAUUAGUGCUUCUCAUUUUGCUGAGGCUGCUCACAGUGACACGGGAGAAGAGUGGGAGACCAUCAUCAACCGUUUCUAUGACCUAUUGGCUGCUCUGAUCCGGGGAAACCGUGUAAACUGUGCACAUUUCUCAGGUUCUCUGGACUGGCUGAUAAGCAGGCUGGACUGGCUGGAGGCCUCUUCUGGAGUCCUGGAGGUUCUGCAGUGUGUCCUAGUGGAAAGUCCUGAAGCACUCAAUGUCAUCAAAGAAGGACACAUUCAUUCUAUCAUCUCUUUUCUAGACAAGCAUGGAUGCAACCACAAGGUGCUGGAGGUGCUGUGCUCUCUGUGUGUGUGCCAUGGUGUGGCGGUGCGGUCUAAUCAGAACCUCAUCUGUGACAACCUGCUGCCAGACAGAGACUUGCUGCUCCAAACACGUCUGGCUAAUCAGGUCACCAGCAUGAGACCGAACAUCUUAUUGGCUAUGGGGGAAGAUUCAGCUCAGCAUCGGAGGUGGUACUAUGAGCUGGUUGUGGAUCAUAUCAACUCUUUCCUCACAUCUGAGCCCACACACCUGCGUGUUGGUUGGGCUUGCACUGAGGGCUACCAGCCCAGGCCCACAGGAGGCGAAGGCUGGGGGGGCAGCGGGGUGGGAGAUGACCUCUGCUCCUAUGGCUUUGAUGGACUUCACCUCUGGUCAGGCUGUGUCGGCCGCAGAGUGAGCUCUCCCUUCCCUCACCUGCUGAAAGAUGAUGAUGUGGUCAGCUGCUGUCUUGACCUCAGUGUUCCCUGCAUCUCCUUCCGGGUCAACGGUUUGCCUGUGCAGGGCAUGUUUGAGAACUUCAGUGCUGAUGGACAUCUUUGUCCUGUGGUCAGCUUCUCUGCUGGAGUCAAGGUUCGUUUUCUGUUUGGGGGAAGGCACGGGGAGUUUCGCUUCUUGCCCCCACCAGGUUUUGCACCAUGCUCUGAUGCUCUGCUCCCAAGGGUCAAGCUGAAAGUAGAGCCAUGUCAGAAAUACAUUUUUGAUCAAGGAUAUGGGAUACAAGAGCUCAUUGGCCCCUUAGUACCUGCCACGCCAGUGACUUUUACUCCCACACCAGUAGACCUUGUCAAGGUGGAAUUGCCCCCACAACUUUUGGAUAUCCGAGAAAAAAUGGCUGAGAAUAUCCAUGAACUCUGGGCAAUGGACAAGGUUGAUCUUGGAUGGACACACGGCCCUGUGAGAGAUGACGUUAAGAGGCAUGAUCCCUGUCUGGUGGAGUUCUCCAAGCUCCCAGAGCAGGAAAGGAACCAGAACUUUCAGAUGGCUCAGGACACCCUCAGGACUCUCCUUGCCCUUGGUUUCAACAUUGGUUGGACUGAUGACCACGCUGAGGAGAGAGUCAAAUACAUGAGACUAGCCAAUAAGUAUGAGCAGCCCAGUGGCUAUAGACCUGCACCAGUAGACUCGAGCCAGGUUGUUUUAAGCCCAGCCCAUGAGGAAGUGGUUAACUUGCUGGCAGAGAAUGAUCACAAUGUGUGGGCCAGAGAGCGCAUCAAGCAGGGAUGGACGUAUGGAGCCCAACAGGAUGUGAAAGCAAAGCGGAGCCCAUACCUCAUUCCUUACAACCUUCUUGACGAAAGGAGCAAGAGAGUGGGCAGGGAGAGUGUCAGGGAAGCUGUCUGUACCCUGCUGGCUUAUGGUUACAGCCUGGAGCCCCUCAACCAGGAAUGGACCACAUUAUCAAAUCCAUGUCUCUUCUCUGCUGAGAAGUGCAGAGUGUUCAGACCAGAUAAAUCAUACACUGUAACCCGGGGGAAGUGGUACUUUGAAUUUGAAAUAGUGACAGCGGGGAAUAUGAGAGUGGGAUGGGCCCGACCAUGCUGUACACCAGAUAAAGAGCUCGGCUCAGAUGACCAGGCAUAUGUCUUCGAUGGAUUUGAGGCUCAGUGGUACCAUCAGGGCGUUGAGCCCCUGGGACGUCCAUGGCAGAGGGGCGAUGUGGUGGGUUGCUUGGUGGACAUGGCUGAAUGCACCAUGAUGGUCACGCUCAAUGGAGAGGUGCUGUUUAAUGACAGAGGAUCAGAGCUGGCUGCCAAGGACUUCGAUAUCAGAGACGGCCUGUUGCCUGUGGUCAGUGUUGGGGCGAACCAGGUGGGAAGGCUGAACCUGGGCCGACAAGUCGACUCUCUGCAGUACUUCACUGUGUGUGGCCUGCAGGAGGGCUAUGAACCAUUUUCUGUCAACAUGGCCAGAGAGCCAGCCCUUUGGAUGAGUUGGAAACGGCCUCAGUUUACCUCCAUAAUGCCUGAUGAUCACAACAUACAG